CGUGUGAGGCCGAGUCCGGCAAGCCGUGGCGCCCGGUGCCCGAGCCAUCGCGGACGCUGGAGGCUGGGCCCCGGGGCAACAGCAGGCGGCGCGGGACUACGAGCUGCCUCCAGAUUGACGAUGCCAGCAUGGACGGAAUAGCUUAUGAUGCUUAUCCCCACUCAUCACUUCCGAGACAUUGAACGGAAACCAGAAUACCUCCAGCCAGAGAAGUGUGCCCCACCUCCCUUCCCUGGCCCCGCGGGAACCAUGUGGUUUAUCCGCGAUGGCUGUGGCAUCGCCUGUGCCAUUGUCACCUGGUUUCUGGUCCUCUAUGCAGAGUUUGUAGUCCUCUUUGUCAUGCUGAUUCCAUCCCGAGACUACGCAUACAGUAUCAUCAACGGAAUUGUGUUCAACCUGCUGGCCUUCUUGGCUCUGGCCUCCCACUGCCGGGCCAUGCUGACGGACCCCGGGGCAGUGCCCAAAGGAAACGCCACUAAAGAGUUCAUCGAGAGCCUUCAGCUGAAGCCUGGGCAGGUGGUGUACAAGUGUCCCAAGUGCUGCAGCAUCAAGCCCGACCGGGCACACCACUGCAGUGUUUGUAAGCGGUGCAUUCGCAAGAUGGACCAUCACUGUCCUUGGGUCAACAACUGUGUCGGCGAGAACAACCAGAAGUACUUUGUCCUGUUCACAAUGUACAUAGCUCUCAUUUCCUUGCACGCCCUCAUCAUGGUGGGAUUCCACUUCCUGCAUUGCUUUGAAGAAGACUGGACAAAGUGCAGCUCCUUCUCACCGCCCACCACUGUUAUCCUGCUCAUCCUGCUGUGUUUUGAGGCCCUGCUCUUCCUCAUUUUCACAUCAGUGAUGUUUGGGACCCAAGUGCACUCCAUCUGCACAGAUGAGACGGGAAUAGAACAAUUGAAAAAGGAAGAGAGAAGAUGGGCUAAAAAAACAAAGUGGAUGAACAUGAAAGCCGUUUUUGGCCACCCUUUCUCUUUAGGCUGGGCCAGCCCCUUUGCCACACCAGACCAAGGGAAGGCAGACCCGUACCAGUAUGUGGUCUGAAGGACCUUGACCAGCAUUGCCACUCAGACCACAUCACAGCACUCCCAUCCGCUCUCGGGAAUGUUUAGGCCAAAACUCUUAAAACUUUUUUAUGUCUUCAGAAAAAUGGCUGAGCAUUGCAGAGAAAAAAAAAGUCCUCAUGUUUUAUUUUUUAAGAAAAAAAAAUCAUUCUUUCAAUUUUUUGAUGACUGAAGCUGCUCUUUUUCCUUUUAAAAUCACUUCUCUGGCCUCUGUUUCCUCUCUGCUGUCUGUCAGCAUGACUAACGUCGAGGGUGCUGCCCAGGCCUUGCCCCUUCUACUAAUUGAAUGCCCCCUGAUGCUGUGCGUGGAUGAACUGGCCCAGUAGGAAAGCCAAGAGGGCCCUGACCUCCUCCUGCCCACAGGGCAGCACUGGCGUCCACAGGACUCAGAACCUCAUGAAGAUGAUGCUAACCCCUUGAGGCCUAAGGAUGGAAAGAUUGGGGCUGAAGCCGUCAUAAGGGUCCUUGGCGCAGUGGUCUCCUGCACUAGUGGACAGUUUGCCUCAGUCUCAGAAAUCAGUUGUCAGCCUUGUAGUUGAUGGGCAUGGGUGUAAAGAAUGGUGUGGGGGAGGGGAGAGGUAAAGGGGCCUUUGUAUUCUGAAUCAGCAAUUAUGUCACUCUGGCUUUUUGGGAAGAUACGAAAGAGAUGUUUCCCAGUUCAAAAUGCCUUAUACAAUCACAAGAGGAAAAACAAUUUCAGGCAAGCUACAACUACUUCCUACCCCAGUUUCUGCCCUUUCCCAGCAAGAUUUCAGUCAUUGGGAGGGAAACAGACUUGCCACCUGUCAGGAUCAUCUCAUUCUUAACUAUGUCAUGGGCAUAUACUUUCUAGAGUUAAGUCCUCUAGAUGUGCACAGACCUGUCUUACAUUUGUUUAGCCCGGGAAGUGGUUGUAGAUGUUAGGUAACACUCUUAGAGUUGCCAGGUAGCCCCUACUCACCUGCUUCUCAGCCUGCCACACAGAUGAGCUUUCCCAUCAGUAGGCACUGCCUAAGCAAAGUCACACAGGGAAGAGCUGGUCUCGAGCUGGGGAAGGACCAGAGGGUGUAGGAGAUGCUGAGAGAAGACCAUUCUUGAACCCUACAGCCAUGUGGAACCUGAGCACCAUGAAGUCCCCCACACCAGUGGGUUUAAAAGCAAUCACCACAAAACUCCUUUUUAGCUUUUGCUUGGGGUGGGAGUGGGGAUGAGGUUUUCACUCUAGUUGUGGGCAGGAAGAAAGUUAAUGUAGCCCUGUGGUUUUUUUUCAGAAGUCGGUGGGACACUCUGCCUCUUCCCAACUCUGUCAGUGCUUCCACAUGGGAACAAUGCAAUAAACCUUUUCCAAACCUG